AUGACAAAAAAGAUAAAAUCAAUAUUCCCGACAAAAAAUUCAUCCAAUUGCCUUAUGAAAAUUUCGGUAAAAUUAUUGGAAAAUCCCUCAAGCCACAAGUUUUUUCACAAGGCAUCUCGCUCGGACUGCAGUCUCACCCGGACUGGAGUUUGCCCCGACUUUGGAUGGGAGGUCAAAUCCACGCAAGUCGAUCCAUGA